UUCAAAAUUUGAAAUUCAAAAUCUAAUACCACAGAGAAACAGAGCAAAUAACAAUGGCGUCGAAAUCAGAUAUGAAGGGAUUCUACAAGCAAACGAAGAAAAAUGGCGGAAUCACAAAGCCAACACAUUCAAAAUCAUCAUUGCUUGCUACUACUACAAACAAAUCGGUAACUCCAAAGCUAGCACCUGCUCGCGGCUCGAACAUUACCCGGUCUCCGGCGCUCAUCUCUCAUGGAUCUCCUGAUCUGCAAGCUGAUGAAUAUGACGAGAACGAGGAGUUAUUAAGGCAAUUUGAUACGAAUAUGACUUAUGGACCAUGUCUUGGAUUGAGCAGACUUGACAGAUGGGAGCGUGCUAAGAGUUUUGGUUUAAACCCUCCUACAGAUGUUGAGCCCAUCUUGAGAUCUAAGGUUCGUAACGAAUGCCUGUGGGAUGGAAUGGUUUAACUUUGUUCAUGUUAUCAUCGGAAUAUCUAUUAUGAUGCUUCGUUUUCCAUAUCUGUUUGCGUUGUGAUGGAUCUUGUUUAGGGGAAAAUAGUUGCAGCAACUAGCUGUAUAGUAGAUGUCCCCAUUUCCUAUAGAUUAACAUGACUACCUGUUUUUCCUCACUUGUUAUGAUCUUAUGUUGCAUUGAUUAUAUUUUUGGCUAAUCCUAAUCCUAGUUAAAUAUCUU